AUGCGGAUGUUUCUUUUCCUUCUUCCUAUUUCAUAUCGAUUCGUUUUGGCACAAUAUGAGUCACCAGAUCCAUCAUCACCAGCUCCUUCCUCCAACUAUUGUGCAGCAUUCGUCGAAUGUGCCGCGGUAUCCCUAUUAGAAGAGCGUCUCUGUCUUGGAAACUCUUUAUGGAGACCCUAUUGGUUACCGGAACGAAGAGACACCUACGACUGUCAUCAGAAGUUGAAAAAUGAUUAUACUACGUUAGAGCGAUUGGAGGAAGAAUUGGAUGGGCAGUUGGUCGCAUGUCUCAAUGAAAAUUCAAAGCCGUUGGACAAGCAAACGAAUGAACAAUGCCAACUUCUUCCCCGCCCUCCCAGAUUCUCUUUCAGCCGAACCAUAACCUAUGUUCCGAAUCAUUGCUUUACUGGAGUAAAGAGAAGAAUCGAGAGACAAUGUGGACAAUUGACGAAAUGUUGUCCGAGUAUUGAAAAAUAUCUCUCACAAGAACUGAGAUAUAUAAGUUCAAAGUUGGCUGGUCAAUCAGGUAAACGAAAGGCCAUCAUGCUUACGUUUGUUCGAAAACUGUUCGAAAAAUCGUUCGAACGAAUUUUCGUUCAAGGGAAAUGUUUUUUGAAAAACACACAAUGUUUCAGAUGCAAACUGCUCUCAUCAGAAUCGACGCUUCAAAAAAUGAUCAACACCACAAAGACAAAUUUGAAGAAAAGAGCAGAAGACUGUAAGAAGGGAAUGCCAGUGCUACCGAUUAUUUUGGACGGAGUUUUGUUCUCCGAAGACGAGUCUCAUGAGAAGAGUUGGGCUCCAACUGGACAUGUAAAUGUUCGUUUCACCGAUAAAGAGACACAAAGAAAUCAACAGGAAGAGAGGAACGGUGGAUUUGUCAAUGUUCGAUUCACGACACAACAAGAAAAUGAAGAGAGAGCAAGAAAGUUAUUAAUUCGUUAUGGAGACAAAGAAGGAGAUGGAUUGACACUUCCCAAGCUUUCUUAUCCAGAAAACAGCUCAAAAAAGGAGUUUGAGAAGAAGUUUGACGCAGCAAUGAGGAAAACGGAUUCGAUAAAACAGAGAAUAGAAACACUCGAUAGAUCAAAAAUUGCAAAAGAAGGCUUCGACUCGCUGAUUGAUGCAGCAACGGUUUCAGAAACAGUCAACAAUAUGCCACCAAUGGGUACUGUAACUCUUCUAGAAUCAAAUGACGAUAACAUUGCUGUCGAAGAUUCCGGAGACAAAACUUCUGUUUCAAGUUCUAUUGUUUUUGGAUCUUCCUCGGAAUCCGUUACAACAAGUCCAAUAAUCUUUGUCGAAAAAAUUGCAAUUCCCCAGACGAAUAGUACAAUUGAGAGGUGCCGAGUUUCCACGACAAUUCGAUUUUCGAAUAUUCUGAAGAUGUUAGGAGAGAAUCCGAAUUCAAAAGACUUCAAGGAAGUUAAAGGUCUCGUCGAGAAGUUUGAAAAAAAGUUGAAAGGAAAAGAAUUGAGUGAGGAUCAAAAGAAUAAGGCGAAAUUGAUCGAGAAAUCCCUGGAGAUGCUCUUGGAGAAUUUCGACGAUUCUGAAUACAAAAAGGUAGAAAAAAGUGUGGAAAAGGUGGUAAAUGAAACGCAGGACUUGCCUAUUUGUGAAGACGAGUCCUCCACGAAUUCUACAGUUGUAACUUCCGAAUCUAUCGAUGAUCCCACGUCUACAAUGUUAGUAGACGAUAAUGGAGACAAGUUUAUAAUACAGAAAGGUGCUACAACACUGGUGGUGGGAGGAGACAAGGAUGACAAGCUAGAAAAGAAGGAUGGAGAAGAAGUGAUCAAAAACUUUAUCUCCGAAGAAUACAAAGUUGAAAUCGACGCAUUCAGAAGAGAACACAAUCUAUGGACCAAACAAAAUAGCAAUACAACACUGAUAAAAAGAAACGAAACCACAUGUGAUAUGUACAUGAGAUGUCGAUCUCAGAUGCAUUUGGCUGUUGAUAGCUGUGCAUGGAGAUUUGCAAGUGAUCAACUUCUUGCUACAAUGGCUGAAUCUGCUGAAAGUCUUCUUUUCAAAGACGAUGGCGUUUGUUCUCAAAAGGAUGGUGACAAAUUUGUAGAACUUUAUGAGAACAUGAUCAAAAGAAACGACAAACUUCGAGUUUGUCUGGACGACAAGAAUGAGCAAUUCUUCGAAGAUUCCGUCUGCCUCGCAUACCCAGAAGAACGUCGUCACGAAUAUGACAAUGCCCUUCGACGUCUUCUGAAUACUUCUUUCGAGUAUUCAAAAUCCAGAGAAUGUUUCCAUGACGCCAAUAUGAUUCAAGAAAAGUGUACUCAUCUCAGAGAUUGUUGUCCAAACUUUGAUGAAUGUCGAGAAGAAACAUUUGAGGUGGAAAUUGAAAGAACUAUCAUCAAUUUAACAGCAACAAUCAAUGAAAUAAAGCAAGAAUGUGUGAAGAGAAAAGCCAAGGAAGCAGUCAAGAAUGUCGUACGCCAGCUUCUAUUGAACACAGAUGCAGGUCAAAAACUUGAACAAAUCGCCCAACUUGGUCUGGAUAUUUCAAGAGGUGCUCGUGUGGUUCGAAUGGCCAAAUAUAGAUCCUAA